CACACCUGCAGCGUUUUUGAGUUCAGAGCUUCCCUUUAAAAGGCAGCUUGUCACCACAGACUGUCACAAGCCCAUCAGCCAUGAAAGCGGUUGUGCUUGCCCUGGCCCUGGCCUUUGUGGCCGCCCAGAGUCCUCCUUUUGCCCCCGAGUUUGAUGCCGGUAAAACAUAUGUGUACAAGUAUGAAGCUUUCAUCAUGAGUGGACUUCCUGAAGAAGAUCUGGCGAGAGCUGGAAUCAAAAUCAGCACCAAAGUUCUCAUCAGUAAUGAAGCCCAGAAUACAUAUGUGUUGAAGCUUGUGGAACCUGAGCUCUAUGAGUACAGCGGCUAUUGGCCAAAGGACCCAGCAGAGCCAGCUACCAAGCUGAAGGCAGCCCUAGCACCUCAGUUUGCAAUUCCCAUCAAGUUUGAGUAUACCAACGGUGCUAUUGGAAAAAUCUUCGCUCCUGAGGAAAUCUCGACUUUGGUGCUGAACAUUUACAGAGGCCUGCUGAAUAUUCUGGAACUGAACAUCAAGAAGACCCACAAAGUCUACGAUCUGCAGGAGGCCAGUACUCAGGGUGUGUGCAAGACUCUGUAUUCCAUCAACGAAGAUGAGCGGCUUGAAAACAUCCUUCUGACCAAGACCAGGGACAUGAACCACUGCCAUGAAAGGAUCAUGAAGGAUAUUGGGUUGGCAUACACUGAGAAAUGUGAAACAUGCCAGAGGGAAUCCAGGAACCUGAAAGGUACCACAACAUACAGUUACGUCCUGAAACCAGUUCCCAGUGGCCUGAUGAUCCUGAAGGCAGAAGCCAAUGAGCUGAUCCAGUUUUCACCUUUCUCUGAGGGAAAUGGAGAUGCUGAGAUGAAAACAAAGCAGUCUUUAGUGUUCCUUGAGGUCAAGAAAGAGCUUAUUCCAACCAUAAAGGCUGAGUAUCAUCAACGUGGAUCUCUCAUGUAUGAGUUCUCUGACGAACUUCUCGAGACACCCCUUCAGCUUAUCAAGAUCAGCAAUGCUAAGGCCCAGAUUAUGGAGAGUUUGAAUCACCUGGUAUCCCAUGAUGCUGAGAUUGUUCAUGAGGAUGCCCCUCUGAAGUUUUUGGAACUGAUCCAAAUCCUGCGUAAAGUUCGCCGUGAAGACCUGGAGAUGAACUGGAAUCAGAUCAAAAAGAUGCCCACUCAAAGACGCUGGUUCUUGGAGGCCAUCCCUGCCGUUGGAACUCCUGAUGCCCUGGAACUCAUCAAGGAGAAAUUCUUGGCUGAAGAGAUUAGUGUUAUUGAGGCAGUUCAGGCUUUCGCCACAGCCGUGCACAUGGUCACAGCAGACACUGAGACUAUCAAGAUUUUUGAGUCACUGAUUACCAACCACAAAGUCGUGGAAAACCCAGUUCUGCGUGAGAUCAUCUUCCUUGGCUACGGUACCAUGGUUUCUAAAGAGUGUGUUGAGUCUGACUGUCCUGCUGAACUCAUAAAGCCCAUCCUGGACCGUCUUGCUGAAGCUGUUGCUAAGAGUGAGAUAGAGAAGAUCAUCCUGUACAUUAAGGUUCUGGGAAAUGCUGGACAUCCUGCUAGUCUCAAGUCAAUCACAAAGCUCAUGCCCAUUCAUGGCACUGCUGCUGCAUCUCUGCCAAUGAGAGUCCACGCUGAGGCCAUCAUGGCUCUGAGGAACAUUGCAAAGAAGGAGCACAGACAGGUUCAGGAACUGGCCCUUCAGCUCUACAUGGACAAGGCUCUCCACCCAGAGCUUCGUAUGCUUUCAUGCAUUGUCAUUUUUGAGACAAGGCCUUCUAUGGGAUUGGUGACCACUAUUGCCAACGCUGUAAAAACUGAGGAGAACUUGCAGGUUGCCAGCUUCACCUACUCUCACAUGAAGUCCCUGAGCAGAAGCCCAAGCACCAUCCACUCAUCAGUGUCUGAAGCUUGCAGUGUUGCUAUGAAAAUCCUGGGUUCCAAGCUGGAUAGACUGAGUUUCCGUUUCAGUAAAGCCAUCCAUGCUGACUACUACAACAACACCUUGAUGCUCGGUGCUGCUUCCACUGCUUUCUACAUCAAUGAUGCCGCCACUAUUCUCCCAAGAACCGUUGUUGCCAAGAUCAGCGCCUUCCUUGCUGGAGCUGCUGCUGAUGUCCUGGAGAUUGGAGUGAAAACUGAGGGGCUUCAAGAGGUUCUUCUCAAAAACCCUGCACUGUCCGACGAUGCUGACAGGAUCACCAAAAUGAAGCGCGUCAUCAAGGCUCUGUCUAACUGGAGGUCCCAGCCAAACACUGAACCUCUGGCUUCAGUCUACAUCAAGUUCUUUGGACAAGAGAUUGCCUUUGCCAAUGUUGACAAAGUCAUGAUUGACUGGGUUGCUGAGAAUGCCAGGGAAGUCCCUAUUAAGGAAUAUGGAAAGAAAGUUCUCAAGACUCUGCUCCACUCUGAUAUCGACUUCCACUAUGCUAAACCUAUGCUGGCUGCUGAGGUGCGCCGCAUCCUCCCCACUGCUGCCGGUUUGCCAAUGGAGCUCAGUCUGUACACCGCUGCUGUGGCCGCAGCUGCUAUUAAGAUCAAGCCCACCACAUCACCACAUCUGCCAGAGGACUUCGAACUCAGCAAACUUCUGGAGACAGAUAUUGAGUUGGAGUCUGAGAUCAGGCCAAGUGUUGCUGUGAACACAUAUGCUGUGAUGGGGGUCAACACUGCCAUUCUCCAGGCCGCUCUGGUAACAAGAGCUAAAGUCUACUCUGUUAUGCCAGCCAAGAUUGCUGCAAGACUCAACAUCAAGGAUGGCGACUUCAAGAUUGAAGCUCUUCCUGUGUCUGUGCCUGAAAACAUUACAUCUGUGAAUGUUGAGACCUUUGCUGUUGUGAGAAAUAUCGAGGAGCCUAAUGUUGAGAGAAUCACUCCAAUUCUCCCAACCGAAGCCUUGAAAUCCAUCUCAAAAAGGACUGUUUCAUCUUGGAUUGCAUCCUCAGAUGACAUUGACGUGUCAAAGUCCUCAGAGAUCCUUCCCCUGGAAUCUGAAGCCAACCCCAUUGUCAACUACAAAGUUCGUCCGUUUGCAAAGAGAUACUGUAUUAAGAACCACGGUGUUGGACUGAGGGCCUGCUUCAAGGUUGAAACUGAAAGUGUUGAUUUCAUGAAAAACACAACCCUGUACAAUCUGGUUCUGCAACGCAAUAUCUCAUUUUCUGUUAAACCAAUUGAAGGUGAAGAAGUUGAGAGGCUGGAGAUGGAGGUUAAAGUUGGGUCAAAGGCUGCUGAGAAGCUCAUUAAGCGCAUCAAUUUAGAUGAAGAAGAAAAUGUUGAAGAUGCAGGACCAGUCCUGAUGAAGCUCAACAAGAUCCUGUCCUCCAGACGCAACAGCUCAUCAUCAUCAUCAUCAUCAUCAUCAUCAUCAUCAUCAUCCUCUGCCAGCUCCAGAAGCUCUUCUUCAAGCCGUUCCUCCAGGACAUCUUCUGUCUCUUCCAGCUCUUCAUCUCGUUCAAUCAGAAAGAACAUCAAUGCAGCUGUUUUGCCAAGCAACAGCAGCAGCAGCAGCAGCAGCAGUAGUAGCAGCAGCAGCAGCCGCCGUCGCAGCAGCAGCAGCAGUAGCAGCAGUAGCAGCAGCAGAUCUGUCAGUGAUUCAGCCAGGACCAGCUCUGCAUCAAGCCUUGCAUCUCUCUUUAGUGACAGUUCAAGUUCCUCUAGCUCCAGCGCUCUUGACUCCAAGCAAGUGAUUGAAAAAUUCCAGAAGAACCACAAGAGGCUGAUUGUCACUGCCACAGAAGCAUCUGAAAGCAGAAGCAGUGCUGCUAGCUUUGAGGAAAUCUACAGAAAGAACAAGGGCCUUGAUGAAGAAGAUAUUGUCUUGGUCGUCAUCCUCCGUGCAGUCAAAAAAAACAAGAAGAUGGUGGGUUAUCAAAUUGCUGCCUACUUGGACAAACCAACUGCCAGGGUUCAGCUUAUUGUUGCUGCCCUUGCUCCUGAGGACAAGUGGAGGCUCUGUGCUGAUGGAGUUCUGUUGAGCCAGCACAAAGUUACUGCUAAAGUAGCCUGGGGAGAAGAAUGCAAGCGAUACAGCACCUUGGUUACAGGAGAGACGGGUCUUGUUGGUUCAAGCCCUGCAGCUCGCCUCAGACUUUCUUGGGAGAGACUUCCAUCUGCUCUUAGACGUUAUGGAAAAAUGGUAGACGAAUACAUUGAUUCUGAAAUCCUGGAUGACUUGGUUCACACAAAGAGCAAAAACAGCACCAGGCAGAUCUACAUCACUGUGGCUGCAGAGUCUGAUGAGAUAGUUGACUUCAUUGUAAAAACACCAAUGAAUACUACCUACAAGAAGAGUCUGCAUCUGCCUGUCUCCAUGCCAAUCAACGAGCUCAAACAUUACAUCCCCUUUGAUGAAGUCUUUGAGAAAGUUCACUUCUUGAUCACCAAGGCAGCUGCAGCUGAAUGUAGCUACCUCGACGACAAACUGACCACCUUCAACAACAGGACCUACACACAUGAGAUGCCCUCAUCUUGCUACCAGGUUCUGGCCCAGGACUGCACAGAAGAACUGAAAUUCAUGGUUCUCCUGAGGAAGGACUCCAAGGAACAACAUCACAUCAAUGUCAAAAUUGCUGACAUAGACAUUGACCUGCUGCAAGAGAAACACAAUGUGACUGUUCAUGUCAAUGGAAUGGAAAUUCCCUUCACCAGUCUGCCAUACCGUCACCCAACAGCUUCCAUUGAGAUCAGACGCCACGAAGAUGGUGUUGUUGUGUAUGCACCAAGCCAUGGUCUCCAAGAAGUUUACUGCGACAAUGAUUCAUGGAAGAUCAAAGUUGUGGACUGGAUGAAAGGCAAGACCUGUGGACUCUGUGGAAAGGCUGAUGGGGAAAUCAGACAGGAGUAUCGUACACCCAACGGGCGUCUGGCCAAGAACUCAGUGAGCUUCGCUCAUUCCUGGAUCCUGCCCUCCGAGAGCUGCAGGGAUAACUCUGAGUGUCGUCUGAAGCUUGACUCAGUGCAGAUGGAGAAACAGGUGACCAUCCAUGGUGACAACACCAAAUGCUACUCUGUUGAGCCUGUGCCACGCUGUCUGCCUGGCUGCAUCCCAACUAAGACCACCUCUGUCAAUGUUGGCUUCAGCUGUCAGUCUAUUGAUUCUGAUACCAACCCCUUCGACAGAAGUGUGGACAUCAGGGAAACCACACAGGCUCACCUUUCCUGCAGCUGUACUGCCAAGUGUUCUUAAGACAACCAUCUCUUGUCAACCACUAAUGUAAUUUGUUUUAUUUGUAACUAUAAAUAAACUGCAAUUAAAAAAACAUCCAACAUCA